GAAACUCUUAACCAACAAUCAUUUGAAUUGCUAAAACCUCAGCUAUUUAAGAGCACUCCCAAACCAAUUCAACAUUCCGAUACAUAGAACUUGUCUAACAAUUCCACUAGGUGAAAGCUUAAAAGAGCAGCCAAUGGGGAAAUGGACGAUCCCUUCCGCUCUUAUUCUUCUUUGCCUUCUCAGUCUCCUCUCAGACCAAGGUAGGAAACUACAAGCAAAUGCGAAGGAAGGAGCCGUGGAUCCUCCAAAAGUUGAGGAUAAUAUCGGCGCUGUGCCUCACGGCUUACAAACUGAUUCUGAUGUUGUUAAAAGGGAAUCGGAUUCGAUCUCUUCGAGAUCGCUUCGCAACAAUGCGGAGAAAUUUGAGUUCCAAGCUGAGGUGUCUCGGCUUAUGGAUAUUAUUAUCAAUUCUCUUUAUAGCAAUAAGGACAUUUUCCUCCGAGAGUUGAUCUCCAAUGCUUCUGAUGCGUUGGACAAGAUUAGGUUUCUUUCACUCACAGACAAAGAGGUUUUGGGCGAAGGUGACACUUCCAAGCUGGAGAUCCAGAUUAAGUUGGAUAAAGAGAAGAAAAUGCUUUCGCUUCGCGACAGAGGUAUAGGAAUGACAAAAGAAGAUUUAAUUAAGAAUUUGGGAACAAUUGCAAAAUCUGGAACUUCGGCAUUUGUUGAGAAAAUGCAGAGCACUGGAGACCUUAAUCUGAUUGGGCAGUUUGGAGUUGGGUUUUACUCUGUAUAUCUGGUAGCUGACUAUGUCGAAGUCAUUAGUAAACACAAUGAUGACAAACAGUAUGUAUGGGAAUCGAAGGCUGAUGGGGCAUUUGCUAUUUCAGAGGACACUUGGAAUGAACCACUAGGACGUGGAACUGAGAUUAGACUGCAUCUGAGGGAUGAAGCUCAGGAGUACUUGGAGGAAAGCAAAUUAAAGGAAUUGGUGAAGAAAUAUUCUGAAUUCAUCAAUUUCCCCAUCUAUAUCUGGGCAAGUAAAGAGGUUGAUGUUGAGGUACCUGCAGAUGAAGAUGAGUCAAGUGAUGAGGAAAGCUCUGAUAGCACUUCUUCUGAGGAAGGAGAAGAUGAAGCUGACAAAAGCGAGGAUGAAGACACUGAAAAGAAAAAGACGGUGAAGGAAACUACUUAUGAAUGGGAACGUCUGAACGAUGUUAAGGCUAUAUGGUUGCGUAGUCCAAAGGAUGUAACAAAUGAAGAAUACGUAAAAUUCUAUCACUCUCUGACAAAGGACUUUAGUGAUGAGAAGCCCAUGGCCUGGAGCCACUUCACUGCUGAAGGUGAUGUUGAGUUCAAGGCUGUUUUGUUUGUGCCUCCUAAGGCUCCUCAUAAUCUGUAUCAGAGUUACUAUAACUCCAAUAAAUCCAACUUGAAGUUGUACGUUAGACGAGUUUUUAUCUCUGACGAAUUUGAUGAGCUUUUGCCGAAGUUUCUUAGUUUUUUGAUGGGUCUUGUUGAUUCCGAUACUCUACCACUCAAUGUGUCUCGAGAGAUGCUACAAGCUCAUAGCAGUCUGAAAACAAUCAAGAAGAAACUCGUGAGGAAAGCCCUUGAUAUGAUUCGCAGAAUUGCCGACGAGGAUCCUGAUGAGUUCAGUGGCAAAGAUGAGAAGGAUGUUGAAAAAUCUGGCGAUGAAGAUGAGAAAAAGGGUCAAUAUACGAAGUUCUGGAAUGAAUAUGGAAAGUCCAUUAAACUAGGUAUCAUUGAGGAUGCAACCAACAGAAAUCGCUUGGCUAAACUCCUUCGGUUUGAGAGCACCAAGUCAGAUGGUAAAUUGACUUCACUGGAUCAGUACAUCUCACGAAUGAAAUCAGGGCAGAAAGAUAUCUUCUACAUUACAGGAAUUAGCAAGGAACAAUUGGAAAAAUCUCCAUUCUUGGAGAGGCUUAAGAAGAAAAAUUACGAGGUCAUUUUCUUCACGGAUCCAGUUGACGAAUACCUAAUGCAAUACCUGAUGGAUUAUGAAGGAAAGCAGUUCCAAAAUGUAUCCAAGGAUGGCCUAAAAAUUGGGAAAGACUCUAAGAGUAGGGAACUCAAGGAUUCAUUUAAGGAACUAACCAAAUGGUGGAAGGGUACACUGAAGACUGAGGAUGUUGAUGAGGUGAAAAUAAGCAACCGUUUGGACAACACUCCUUGUGUGGUCGUCACAUCGAAGUUUGGAUGGAGUGCUAACAUGGAGAGACUCAUGCAAGCUCAAACCCUAACUGAUGCUAGCAAGCAAGCAUACAUGCGUGGCAAGAGGAUCCUUGAGAUAAACCCAAGGCACCCAAUCGUCAAGGAGCUUCGUGAGAGAGUUGUUAAGGACCCCGAGGAUGAGGGCGUGAAGCAAACGGCUCAGCUUAUUUACCAGACAGCUCUAAUGGAGAGUGGCUUCAUUUUAUCCGACCCCAAGGAUUUCGCCUCACGCAUCUACAGCUCAGUUAAAUCUAGCCUAAAUAUCAGUCCUGAUGCAACAAUUGAAGAGGAAGAUGAUGUGGAAGAAACUGAGACAGAGCCCGAGACAAAAGCAGGUAAGGAUGGUGCAGAUGCAGAGUCUUCUGGUCUCAAGGAUGAGUUAUAAAAUGGGUGAAGCCUUAGGUAAUAUGGUUUUCUGAGCUUCGGUCUCGAGGGAAUCGAAAGAAGUUAAGUCUGAAACUUGGAUAAAAGAACAUUUGAUGGUAGAGUUGAUGUAACCAGUCACCAGGAAUUUUGUCUUUAGCAUCUAAUUAUAUUAUUAUGUUGCUCAAUUAAGUUGUUUGCCUUCUUUUUUCUCUUCUAA